GCCGUGACGUCACGCAGGCAGUGCUGGAGUCCCACAGAGGCUGGACCAGACGGAUAUAUUUUUUUACCGUUUAAUAUCUUAUGCUUAAUGGAGAAUCACCCUUUGAAUUAAACCCCCGAGACUUGCCCAAAGCUAGACCCUCACGCUUAGACCCUAGGGGAGGAGGGAGGUCCCGUAAUAAGGGAGGAUAGCGGCCUGAAAUAAACCCUGAGCGGCGGAUGACGGUCGUCGGGGGUCAUCAUCACCGCCAUUGGCACCGAGAUACUACGGCAAAUUCCUGAGUGGAGACUGAUGGCUAUGAUGAUGGUUUAAGGUUCUGGUGGUGUUGCUGGAGGAGGGUUGUGGUGAAGCAUGGGCUUGUGUUUGUGUGGUGCUUGGUGCCAUUGACCAAGGACAUGCCGAGCAUCCAUGAGACUAUUGAGUCUGACGAGAGCUUCUCAUCUCUCUCUGAUGAUGAGCAAGAGGAGAAUCAAAACCAUGACCAACAGCCAAGCCACAGCACUGCCUCUAAGACAACACCAGUGAAGAAGUCUAGAAGCCACUCAUCACAGGAAAAGGAGAAGGAAGGUCAUCGUAAGGGGGCAUCGCGAGGCUCCCCCAAGGACCACCAGCAGGCAAGGGAGCCUCGGGCCUUGGUUGAGUACUCUGACGUCAGCUCAGAGGCAUUCUCUGAACCGGAAGCUGGUGAGAUCACGGACAGUCCUAGCGAGAGCCCAAUAGUUAGUCCACGUGGUAAUCGUCCGUUACUCCGAUCUCCCACCCGCUCGUCUCGGCUGAGCCCUCGACCCAGUCCUCCCGUCUAUAGCGCAAAUAUCAGUCGAAGCCCUUCAUUUGUGUCUCGCUCACCUCUUCCAAGGUCGAGGGAGUUACACAGUGACGGAGAGGUGGAGUCCUCUCCCUCUACCUCCCACCACACUCUUCACUCCUCCCGUCCCCUUGUACCAUACCCAGUUGUCAUGUCCCCAGAUCGUCAUUCCUUAGAAACAAGAGGAGACUAUUAUCGCGCGAGGGACCCAUACCACCAUUCUCGUACUCCCUCAGAAUCAGAGAGAGACCAUUCCAGAGCUAGGAAAAAAGAACACAAAAAAGAUAAGAAGAGAAAGGCAAAAAAACACAGUAGAUCUGAGCGAUCCCAUAGUCCUGUUCUGCACAAAAAGAGAAAGAAGAAAAGUAAACACAAAUCCAGAAGUGGUAGUCCGGGCUAUGAUGAUGAUGUGGUUGGGGAAGGCAGUGUUGCAAGUUCUGAUGAUGAUAUCACUGAGGCUGUGGUGAUCAAGAGGAGCAUCCCUAGUCAUGACGCACGAUCUGUUGGUGCGUCAUCUCGGAUGAGGAGCAGAGGAGAGAAACCUAGCCCACUUAGUUCAAACGAUGAUGAUGGCCUAUUAAGCCCCCAUCCUGUUGAACUAAACCAUGUGCGAGGUCCUGCUCACUCCUCACACCGUCGGUCACGGGAACGCACACCCUCCCGCAGAUCCAUACCACGCUCUCCCCCCCCUCCUAUAUCUCCCCGUCAUCAUACCACCCGUCAUCUUACGCCACCUCAAUCCCAGUUACCAUCAGCCAGCAAGAACUAUGAUCGGUCAAGCAGGCUGCAUCACAUCAGUCCGCGCAGGUCAACCGCAUCUCCUGUUCCCGGUCAGAGGCGGGGAAAUAUGACACCUCCUUCAAGAAGCUCUCCUCGUCGGCCUACCUCUCACCGAGUGCGCUCUCCGCCGCCUGUUGUGAUGUACAAUAAGAAGCGAUCACCUUCUCGAAGCCCUAUACAAUACAUAGAAAUCAGGGGCAGUCCAGAUACUCCACCUCAUACCAGUAGUAGUAGUAGGUAUUACGCUUCUGCAUCCACCUCCAGGAGAGAAGAAAAGAAGAAAAAGAAAAAAGGAAGGGACAGAGAUUAUCACUCUCAUGGACGAAGGAGUAGGAGCAGGAGCAGGAGUCACAGCCCCACCAGAAGCCCCAGUCGAAGUAGAGGACAGUCUCCCAGGGGAAAGAAACGCAGAAGUGGAAGUCGAACUCCUGUGCGUCGGCGACCGAGACGUUCGCCUACCACACCCCCUCGUCCUAGACAAGCCUCACCUCGUCGUUCCACUCCAGCCAGUGGUGGUCUAGCCCAUGAAAACCAUAUGAGUUCCACAAGUUUGUUUGCAGAACUUCUUAAGAAAACAAAAAAUAGAGACCGAAUCAUGGCCUUGGUGACCAAAGAAUCUGAUAAGCCAGAGAAGGGUAAAGAAAAUGUUGAACCAGAGGGGGGAGGAUCAACUUCAGGACCUGACACUCCUGGCCCAGUCUUAACACCCAUUGUCUCAGUACCAAGUAACUCAAAUGCUGUUGCUGCAACGGCAGUAACUGCUGCUGCUGCUGCCAGUAAUAAUGACACAAUUACUUCUAAUACUGCUACUUUUACUGCUGCUGCUGCUACUGCCAUCCCUAAUGGGGCAUCACUGCUGGAGAAUAAUGUAUCCAUUGAUUUUGAGGAAAACUCUGAUCAGUCUUGCCCACCAGAGCAGCUGUCUGCUAGUAUGAAGUCAGAAACCCCAGACAUAGGGAAAAUUGACUUCAAGAAAGUAACAGUACCAACAAGUUUGACAAAACUACCAAUGCCACCUGGAAUAAAUUUGGAGGAUAUUGACUCACCUACAUCUCCCAGCACCCCUCCAGAAACAAAGCCAACAAGGAAGAGUAUAAUCACAGAUCUCCCGAUGCCUCCAAUGAUAGCAGGAACAGAGGAACUUUCUCCCGACGAUGAUACUCUGAGCACUCCUCCUCUCUCCCGCUUAGGCCACCACAAAUCAAGAUCAGCUGCAAGACCCAAAAUAUUAAAUGCCAAGCGACAUGACCGCACACCGUUAGAGGACUGGAGUGAACGAUGUGUUGAAGUGUUUGACAUUAUUGCCCAAAUUGGAGAAGGAACAUAUGGGCAGGUGUACAAAGCUAGAGCAAAGGAUAAGAAAAAUGAUGAAAUGGUUGCAUUGAAGAAAGUCAGACUGGAAAAUGAAAAAGAAGGCUUCCCUAUUACAGCUGUUCGGGAAAUAAAGAUUCUGAAGCAGCUUCAUCACAAAAAUAUUGUCAAUCUUAAAGAAAUAGUCACAGACAAGCAAGAUGCUAUUGAUUUCAGACAUGAUAAGGGCUCGUUCUAUUUGGUCUUUGAAUAUAUGGACCAUGACCUGAUGGGUCUCCUUGAGUCUGGGAUGGUUGAAUUCUCAGAGCAGCACAAUGCUUCCAUCAUGAGACAACUCCUUAAUGGACUCAACUAUUGCCACAAGAAGAAUUUCCUCCACAGAGACAUAAAAUGCAGCAAUAUUCUCAUGAAUAACAAAGGCCAGAUUAAGCUUGGUGACUUUGGUCUUGCAAGGUUGUUUAGCUCUAACAAAGAGCGGCCUUAUACCAACAAAGUUAUCACCCUGUGGUACCGUCCACCAGAGUUGUUACUUGGUGAAGAGCGCUAUGGGCCAGCUAUUGAUGUGUGGUCUUGUGGUUGCAUCCUUGGAGAGCUAUUUCAGAAACGUCCACUAUUUCAAGCGAGCACAGAGCCAAUGCAACUAGAUGUAAUAUCUCGGGUUUGUGGAACGCCUUCCCCUGCAGACUGGCCUGAUAUAGUCAAAUUGCCGGGAUGGGGCACGAUGAAACCUAAAAAGACAUACCGAAGAAGAAUACUUGAGGAUUUUAAAGACAAAAUGCCUCAACCAGCUCUGGAACUCCUAGAUCAAAUGUUGAAACUUGAUCCUUCCAAGCGCAUUAGUGCGGAAAAUGCUCUCAACAGUACAUGGUUGAAGAAUGUUGAUCCAGAUUUGAUGGAACCACCCCCUCUUCCAAAAUAUCAAGAUUGCCAUGAACUGUGGAGCAAAAGAAGACGACGGCAACUCAAGGAGCAACAAGAAGCGGCUAUUGGCGGUGCUGUUGGCCCACAGGGUGUGCCUGGAAAACCAGUUGGCCCUCUUCUUAAUCAACAAGGAUUCACUGGACCCCACAAGGAUCAGCGGCCUUUGUAUAGAGGGGGAGCGGAGGAGGGUAGCCUAGACAGCCGUAGAAUUGAGGGCGGAGAUGGCUUCUUGAACAAUAGCCUGCCAACCUCCCGAAGUAACUCCCCAAGACCCCCCUUGCACUAUCGAGGUCAGGGAUCACACACACCACCAAGUACAAUGACAGGAGACAGCCUUACACCCCCGCAAGUUGGCCAUCGGUACAACACUCCCCCGGUGACCCAUGAUGAUUCCCACCCCUUGUAUCGCCCACUAUAUCACCUCGCCCAUCUGAUCAACACCCGACAGACUGUAGUGUUUGGCCAAUUGGCUGCAUUGAUGAGUGAGCAGGUUGACUUGGGUAUGCGGCGGCUACUGGAGCGGGUUAAUGCUGCAGUAUUGCUGGCAGCCACAGCCCGUGAAAGACGCCUGCGUGGGGACUCAGCCUUGGUGGAUGUGAAUGAUGUCCCAGUGGAACCCAGUGAGCCGGUUAUUACUCCUGCAGCAUUGUAUGGAAAUGGUGAAGGUGAUACAGGAUUAUUGUCAGAAGGUGUUCGAGAAGCUUUGUCACAAGUGUUUGGACUAUUUAAUCUUCCUGUGUCUGGACUGACUCCUGGGCCAGCUGCAGCAGCCAGGGGUCAAGGGCCCCAACACACUGACCAUCCUCAUCGUUACAACAACACUGGUCGUGUCACAUGACCUCCAUCUUCUACAACUUAGUAGGUUCAUAUGCACUCGGACUGAGUUAUAUAGUAAAAUGUGUUAUAUGGCAUAUUUUUUUCUUGACAUGAAAAAAAUUGUCUGAAAUUUAGAUGGCCUUUCCUGAUGAACAGAGUUUUAUGAUGUGUGGGGUACUCAGGUGUUGUGCAGUAAACUUUGUUCCUUAAAUACCCCACCCUCACCAAAUGUACUACUUCUGCAAGACUAUCUUGCAGCUACAAGAACAGUGAACUAUUUUUACAGUAGCAGUAACUUGUGAGGUGCUGCUCAAGGGCAUUCAGGAAGCAUGGCAGUUAAAAAGUAUACAAGAAUGAUAGGAUGAUGUGUACCAUAGCAAAGUUGUGUGUGUGUGUGUGUGUGUGAUCUUAUUUUUUUUUUUUUUUUGAACAGCAGGUAAGUAGGUGGAUGACAGCUUAAACUCCUCAAUUAUGGAGAGUAUGGUUAAACAUUCCAUGAAUCCACAUUUCAUUAAGCUGAGGCCAUAACCACAUGAAUGCUAUGGUUGAUAAGUGAGCUUAAGUGUAUAAAGCAAAGACCAUGCAUAUGAAGGACAAUUUUUUGUCCUUGAACAAGUGGUCUGAUGUCUGUUAACCAGCUGUCAGGCUGUUCAAACUGUGAUGUGUAUUAUAUAUGUAAAUCUAAAUUAUGUAUCUCUACUCUGCAGAUCCUCAGUAUUAGUUCGUGGGAUGCUGAGCCCUGCAGGUUGUUACAACUGUGUAGAAUUACAGCUAAAAUUAAAUUUGUCUAUAGUUCAAAGUAUACCAUUGGUUUGUAAUGGUAACUUUUAUAUCAAUAAAACAAAUGUAUUAAAAUUUGUCAUAUAAUCUUACAGCCACAAAUUUACAGUUUAUAUCUAAAAUGAGUAAGGCAUAUACAUGUUUGUAAAUAUACAGAUUAUAAACCAUCAUUUGCAUGCUUGCUUUUGAAGAAAAUAUCAUUUUCUUAUGUAUUUAUUUUAUUAAUUUAAUUCCAUUUCAUUGAAAUCUAUCCAAAUACACACAUACUCACAUAGAAAGAAAGAUAAAAAGAAAUGCUACUGAUCACACUGGAGGAAAGAAAAGACAAAGGAAACUUAAUUAUGAUUUACAAAUAUGUGAAUGACUUAGGGGAAUCAGACAAAAUAAAUCUAUUAAUGAAAAGGGGAGGUGAAGUUAAGGAGUUUACGGGACACAAGAAAAAAACUGUGAGUAGGAAGAUGCCUUAUUGAUACAAAAAGUAUAAUUUUAAUUGGAAUGAGUUAGAAGAGGUGGUGGAGGCAAAGAGUAUGUAGCAAUUUUAGGAAAAGCUAGGCAAAUAUUGAUAUGGAAACAGGAUCUCAUGAGUGUUCCUCAGACUAAACUAAAACUAGGAAGAUACAUGCACACACACACUGCUCUGUAGUGCGAUAGCACUGUCGCCUCACAACUGAGAGGUCCCUGGUUCGAUUCCUGGGGAGAGUGGAGAUGGUUGGUUAGUUUCCCUUAAUCCAUGCCCCCUUUCCUCCCAGCAGUGAAAAGGUACGAAGUGUCAAUCAGGGGUUGUGUCCCGCCUACUGUGUGUGUUUGUGUGGGUGUGAGUUUCCAGCCAUUCCCAAAAACCUGUUACCAGAGAUCUAAAGCUGACUCAGGGAGGGUACUGGGUGCGGAUCGUGAAUUCAGGGCAUGAUCAGACCAUGGUGAAUUCGUACACAGACACAGACUUAUUUGCUGAACCAGGUAUAUAUCAAUGUUUUAAGUGUUAGCUGAAAGGGUAAGGUGACUUAAGAAUGUAAUGAAACAGGAAAUCAUGAAUGAGUCUUAGGAUAGAGGAGGAAAGGAGAAAAUCUUGCAGAAAAAAUGGAUUUAUUCACAAUCUUCUUAAAGCGGUUACUGGGAAGGUGAAAUAAAUGAGCUGACAUGUAUGAGUAAAACAAAGGAAAUGAGUGCAAUAGUAGUGGAUUAACAAAGCAUGAUUUUAGAUUCACAAAAUUAUUGAAAAUGGAAGAGGUAUAAUCAUGUUAGUCAAGUAAAAGUAUCGAGCUUGAUAAAAAAAAAAAAAAA